AUGGACGUGCGUGUUUGGUCCAUUUUCUCUGGCGAAUUAUUGAGCAGAAUUGCUUUGGAAGCUGGCCCUGGUGUUACUGGAGCAGACAUCAAAAAAAUACUCUCUGACCAGCUGGGAAUCAAUAGGUUCAGACAAGUGUUGUAUUUGAAGGAUGGAACACAGAUUCUAAAUGGAGAAGUCUUAAACCAAAUUGAGCAUGAUGUGCAUUUGCUGGUCAAAGGAACCGGGCACGUUUCGUGCAACGAGUCCCAGCGAAGUCAAAUGGUUGAAGCUUCUUCGGCUAAUAAACUGCAGAUCCUGGAACUGCUAUUGUACGAGCAUCUUGAUCCAAACACUACAGACGCAUAUGGCAGAACCCUACUAGAAUUGGCAGCUGGCGGAGAUCAUCUGGACGUAGGCAAUCUUUUAUUGGAGGCUGGUGCUGAAGCAGAGACGAAAUCAGCCAUAAGCACUCCUCUUUUGACAGCCACCAGAAUGGGCAACACCGAAUUCGUGAACCUUUUGUUGCAUGCUAAUGCAAAUCCUAAUCGUUGCUACUGUGUUCGACCUGGAUUUCAAAAAUGUUGGACACCUUUGAUUUGUGCUGUUCGCCACGACGUGGAUUACGAUUACAGACAUGCAACUAUCGUUCUCAUGCUCAUUAAAGCGGGAGCAGACGUGAACUACAGCUGUGAUAGCAUGCCACCCUUGGUUGCUGCAGUCGAGCAGUCGAGUUAUCACAUCAUGUGGUACCUGCUUCAAGCUCAGGCAAAUCCGAAUGUCACGAAUCGCAAUUUGAAGCCAGUUUUGCAUAUUGCAGUCAAAAGAAACGAUCCUACUGCUGUGGAAAUGUUGCUUCAGAACUCUGCUGAUAUAGAAUUGAGAGAUGCUCAGAAUCGAUCAGCCGAGCAGCUUGCAGCCAGUGCUGCUUUGAGAGAAAUGCAAGCUUUUGAAAUGCUCAUUCGUGGUUACAAGAGACCUUUUCGUGACUUCAGUACUGCAGAGAACAAGGCGAGGAAAAGACGCGAUUGCAAUGCUUGGUCUAACCACAUGGAUGAUAUCAAUUCGGAUGACAAUCGUUCAGAUGAAGAUUGGAAAUCAGACAAUCGCGAAGAAGAUUUGCAGCAAAUCAGUGCCAAACACUACAUGACAGACGAACUUGCUUCCAGAUGGUACAGAAUGAUGUCGAAGACAGUCGAGCUUCUGACAGAUGAUUUUCUUGCAGUUCUGCCUUCUUACUUUGGAGGACCCAGACAAGCUCGUUUAUCUCGUGAGAUCGAAUUGACAUCUGUGGUUCAGAAGCUGCAAGAUUUGAGCUCCGACAUUGUCGACAUGUGCAACGAUAAAUUACUUUCAAAAAAACAGUCUGAGGCAUUGACUGAAAACAUCUUGAACGAGAUUCCGAUGCUGGGCAAACAAGUUUUUGACAUGAAGCUGGACGAAGAGAGAAAAGUCAACCCUCAGAAUCCUGCGAAGACUGUGCAGAUCAGCAACAACAGGGUGGUGUAUUAUGAAAGUUUUCAUUUGCUGAUCAACCGCUACACGUACAACAAGAAUCAUGGAAUCUCUUUUCACAAUGACAUUAAAGAAGGAUAUGAUGUGGACAAAGAUCCCAUUACUUCUUUCUCCUGCCGACUCGGGUCUUUGCUGGUUAUCAUCUCCAGCACAGCACCAGAAAAACAAGAGAAGACCGAGGGCAAACGUGCGUUUGUUGUGUAUCAGCCUCCGGGAACAAUUCUUGUGAUGGGCGGCAACUUUCAGAGAGCUUACAAACAUGGUGUACCAAGUUUUCAGGAGAUCAAAGAGCUUCUUGCUUGUGCAGACGACUUGACUACUUGGGACGGUCUGAAACUAAAAUUGGAGUGGUUUUCGAAUUCGAAACACUUGAUGCAAGAGGAAGUUAAACGUAUUGACUCCUUGAAUCUGGUCAACGAGCAAGACGCACGUUGGAACGUCACAAUGCGAUGGGUGAGAAAUCAUUCACAGCCUUUCUGUCCUCUAAAUCCCCGACUCUUGACAAGUAUCAGUCGACUGGAUGAAGAAAAUCAUCAGCGGAGGAAUCAGCAGAAGCAGCUGAAACUGUUGAACCCGGUAUUGCAGAAAAAAACUGCAGAGCCAAAGGCAAAGGCCGCUAGCCCGGCAUUUGCUUGGAACCCGCCCGGAGGAAACAGAGCUCGUCCAAGCAAAAGCGGAACACAGGAUGUGAAUCCGGGGAGGGAAACCGAGGAGAAAGAAUCGGAGAAAGAUUCCGAAAAGGAAUUAAAUGAGAUAUUUGACUUCGUUUCUAUUAUUUCUGAUGCCCUGGAGCUGCAGAUAUUAUCAGACGAUCAGAUGAUGGACAUGGCAUUGUGUGGCAGCCAACAAAUUCGCAAACAUCGUUUCUCCACAUUUCAGGAACAGUACAAUCUUGGUUACAAUUUGUACAACAAGAUUUCGGCAGCCAAUAUGAGAGUGAAAGAGGAUUUAGACCCGUUACUCAAGGCUGUGGAUCGGAAACUGAGGAGAUUGAAAAACUUGCAGAUGCUUAUUGAGCUUUUGUGGUUGGACAGCGAAGGUCAGGGCAAUUUCAUGAGCUGUACUACUCUGAACCAGCAGCACGAGUUCAACAAGUCAAAUGAUCAUCUGAAUCGGGUUGUGAUGUCCUUCUUUGACUUGAACGAAUGCUUGACUGUGGACGGCUUUUUGUUCUGGGAUCACAUGAUUGAAGAAGGAUGGCUGGUGUUCAAUUUCGACACUUUACAGGACAAUCGAAAACCCAAAGCGGAGGUAACAAAAUCGAAGAAAGGUUCACCGGUCGUAGCUGAUGUCACAAUGACAGGGAUCGUCAAAGUGAGCCAAUUUGACAUCCUGUAUAUCAAGAGAGAAAAUCUUUUGCCAGAGCAAUUCCCUUUGCGAGUGACAUUUCUUGCUGAUGCAUCAAAGAAUGUUGCUGCAAAGUGCAAGGAAAAGCAAUCUUUGAGCAGUCAGGAACAAUUGAAACUGUGGAUGCAACAGCUGAUGAACUUCGUCGCGGAAUUGGAGGAAGAAAAAGGUUUCAAUCCACUUCCGGAUCGAAAAGGAUUCAUGAAAACCUGCAAAAUCGUACUGUGGACCUUUUAUGGCUUCUACGUGAACGUCAAACCCAACGAAGUGAAGACCCUAAUUCUGCUCAGGAUCAAAAUGGAGAUGCAGCUGAAGAUUUAUCGGCUGAGAAUGUCGAAUGCCGGUUGCUUGGUCUCUCUAAUCAAAAACUUGGAGCUGCAAUUAUCACUGGGUGACGUGGAAGAACUGGUGAAGUUAAUGAAAAACAUCUCCAAUGAGAUCACCAGAGAGACUGGAGCCACUACAAAACCACGAAAUUCAGUUCGAGCAUCAUUGAGCAAGAAUGUGGACCAAACUAAAUUUGGUAGCUUGGGCAAUGCCUUCGCAAUCCUCUUUGUCGAAGUGUUCGAAGUGGGUACUUUGGCUGCCUGCGAUUGGGAGAUCAUCGAAACUGCACUGGAAUGCAUUGUUGCAGCAAAGCAUGUGAGAGACUUCGAUCUCUUGGACUGGGUCCAAGAGGAGGAAGCGAGAAAAGCUAGGGAAGCAGAGGCGCUGAAGGAGAAAGAAAAUGCUGAGAAGGCUGAACAGGAGAAACUCAAACAACAGCACAUCAUGCGUCUGCAAGAGAUCAGAGAGGUCAAAAAACAAUGCGAACGUGAUGAAGCCAAACUUGUGGCGACAUGUCGAGAAUCUUCCAGCUCGCACUAUGUGGAUGGAGCUCCCAAACCAGGUGAUUUAUUCCGAGGAGACACACCCGAGAUGAAAAAGCCGAAAAACGACUAUCAUGCCAAGGUCCAACCCAGAUAUGAAUUACCAAGCGGCACGCCAGAAUCUGCCAGAUCAUUCAUUGGUUUGGUGAAACUCUUGAAGAAGCAGCUUACACUGGAGGAUGUACAGCAGUUGGCAGUUUUAUCCAAGUCCAUGAAGGAGGUUACAACAAUUUGGCAAAAACUUCUGUCCGACAAUGGGAACGUACUGCCUCCAGAGUGGAACGCAGAAGAAGAUUUGAGAAAUGUGCAACAUCGCUGUGAUGACACACUCUUCAGUCAGGUUGGGAAAGCUCUAGCAACAGUGUUGACCGAAUUGUUGCAGGUGAUUGACCUCGACAUUGAGAAUCUGACUGACAUUGUGGAACAUCUCGACAACAUGUCAUCAACCAAGGAGAAUUUGAACAAUGGUUCAGCACUGGAAAAAAGAAAAUUGGAAUCUUGUCAGAGCCAAGAUGACAUUAGACGACAGAGCCUGGAGCAGCUGCGGGCACUGCGACAGAAAAGAGAAGCUGUUGAAGACGAAGAAAAACAGAUUGAAGCAGUCAUUGCCGACAUUGACAAACGUCAGAACAGUGCUAAGUUCUCCAGUACAGCAGCAAGCAAACUUGCUAAUGAAGAGCAAGCUGCUCAACAAAAGGAUGAUUCUUCAUAUGUCCUUUGUCAAUACGAUUCCUCUGAAAAUGAGGAAGAAAAGGCUCUGAAAACGGAACACAGAUCGUGGAUCAUGAUGUGGACCUUCCCCACACCGAGAUCGUAUUUGAAAACUUAUGAAGAAAGAAAGAAGAAAAAUGAGCUGAUUCCAAGAGACAUCAGCAGAGAGGAGCUUGAAAAAAACUUUUUGGAUGCUUUGAACAGGUGCCAGCUGAUGGGCAAAUUGAGGCAGAUGAUAGUGGUUUACGAACCACACAAGAAGCUUAUGCCGGAUGGCAGUGCACACGAAAUGCACUACCACGUUUGUUUCAAAAUGUCUGCAAACUUUGCCCACAAAGGGGUGUCCAACACACUCGCUCAACACUACGGGCUACAUGGACACAUGUCGUACCCGCGAAAAGGCUGGUUCCAAAUGGCAAAGUACGUGCUCACUGACUCUGCUGUGAAGCUACCCGUACACUUAGACCCGACUCCAUUAUUCUGGCCGACAAGAAUGACAAAAGAAGACAUGCUGAAGAAGAUGCAGCUCACCGAAGAGGACUACUUGAAAAAAAGAGCGGAAGAAAACAGGAUGCAAUGGAAGGAAGAAAGCAACAAUGGCGAUGGUACACAUCAGGACCGAUGGAGAAAAAGAAGGAGAGUGCUCGAUUUCUCCGAAUUUUCCGACUACGUCCUACACCACAAAAUCACAAACGAACAAGAGUUCUGGGUGUUGGCUUGUAAGGAGAAAGAAGCAGGCAAUCCAACUCUGUGGAACUAUGGUGGAAUGGCGGCUGUGGCAAAACAAAUACAGAAAUGUAAUAAAGCACACAUGGCCCAAUUCCGGGACGAUGUCUUUUUAGGCACCUCCAAAGCUACCAGCAAAUAUCCAUUAUCUGCUUUCAACAUCCCAGACGAAAUUCGUGUUUGGAUGAAACACUUCAAAAGUGAAAUGGCUCUUAUCAUCCAAGGCGAGGGAGGACUUGGAAAGACAGAAAUGGCAAAGGCAAUAUUGGCCUCGAUGGGAAAGUACUUUUUUGUGGACAGUUUGGAUACUGUGAAAUCAUUGCUUUUCACAGGAAAAGAGUCGAUUCUUUUCGACGACGUCACACUGCAGAACUUCUCAGUUGACGAGGUGAAGUCGUUUCUCGACGUCAAAUCGGAAAGAGCCGUGAAAUGCCGCCAUGAGGAUGGUUUUAUUCCUGCUGAUACUGUCAGGAUAUUUCUAACAAAUCAUGAACGGCAUACCUUUUUUCCAAGGGAAACUGAUAACAAAGAUCAUUCAAGGGCCAUCAACAGAAGAAUGAUUUGGGUGACAGUGACCGAGAAACUGUUCACGGAAUCAGAUGGAAAGACUACUGCAACCCAAAGCGAGACUCAAAACGACAAAGAAAAAGAAGUUGGAGUAGAGUGUGAGUCGGAGAUUCCGGGAAUGGAUGAUCUGGAAACACUCAAAACAAAACAAUCGAGGAGUGCAAAGGAACCUUCAUUCAACAGCCCAUUUGAUGAAGACUAUGAACCUUUGUUACAAGAAUACGAAAUGUUCGACGGAGAUGAGGAAGCUGCCAUGUGGAUGAAUCUUUCUUCGGAAGAUGCAUGCAGAGAAUCUCCUGCCAGCUCAAAAGGAUUGCCUUUGCUGAGUUCAGGGAAAACCUCGCCUUCCGCAAACAAAGAGCUUGAAGCACAAAUGAUGAUCGAGAAAGAGACAAAAAGACCCGGAAAAGAUGAGACCGCUCACCUUGGAAAAGACACGGUUUCGACUGAGAAUCAUGAACAUGAUCGACCUGAACCCAAAAAAAACAUCAAUCGAGUGAAGUGCAUUGCCGAAAACAGUUUCCGACCUUUGGUCAGAUACAGGAGAAAGAGCAAGCCGAACCCUCCAUGGCACCACUAUGAACAUCGAAGAAGAGAUGUACGAUGGGGCACGUCACAGAAGUCAUGGUGGCCGUGGCAAUCAUGA